AUGGCAACUUCCAAAAAUGCAUUAUUCUGCGACUUUUGCCACAACAAGCAACUCAACAAGUCAGCGCAGGAAUACUGUCCACAGUGUGAAGAGGCUCUUUGUGGCGAAUGUAGAGACAAUCAUAAGAUAUCGAAAUUAUCCAAAUCCCAUCAGACAAUCUCUAUAGACAGAUAUAACAAAUUACCAUCAUUUAUCAAGAAUAUAAGCCAUAUCUGUGAGGAACAUGACUGCUUUCUCGAAGUGUAUUGUAAAUCUCAUGACUCUCUGUGCUGCAAACGAUGCUUGAUAUCAGGUCAUAAAAAAUGCAAGGAAACUAUUUUCAUUGAGGAUUUUCUAGUACCAUCUUCAAAACAUCAGUCAGCAGCUUUUGAUAACAUUGAAAAAGUUCUGAAAAAUCUGGAAAGUAAUAUAUCUUCCGCUAUAAAGGACAGAAAUCGAAAUUUGACUGAUUUACGUGGACAGAAGCAGGUGAUCGCAGAACAAAUAAAAGAAAAGCGUCAAGAAAUUAAUAAUUGUUUAAACAAUUUAGAAGUAGCAAUAAUAGAAAAAUUAUCUGCUACGGAGAAAGAAUAUUGUCAGAAAAUAGAAGAAGUGAUAGAGAAACUGAAUGAGAGAAAGAUGAAGGUAGACGAAAUUAAAAAAGAUGUCGAAUCUAUGAAAAUUUUUGCAUCCGAUCUAUUAAUAUUCAUGGGAACAAAGACAUUCGAGGAAAACGUAUUAACAAAUGAACUUAACCUCCAAGGUUUGUAUGACAAUGGGAGCUUUGAAAACUUAAAAAUUGUAUGUAUUUUAAAUGAAAAACUAAACAGAAUAAUAAGAGAAAUAAAGACAUUUGGUGAUAUAUAUGUUAACAAAUGUGAAAAGAAUGCUUCUUUUUCAUGGAAAGGCGACAAAUCAGCACAAAUUUUAAAAUCUAUGGCGGGAGACAACUCGAUUGUUUACAUAAACGUCAAGCUAGUACAUAAGAUUGGUAUAAGUGGCCAUAAUAUAAGUGGAUGUGCCAUUUCAGAAGCUGGAGACAUGUUGUUUCAAAAAUUGCAGCAAAAUACUCUGCUUAGAUUUGCACCUAAUGGUGAAUUCCAUUCCCAUUCAAAUAUCAAAGGUGCAGGAUUUCAGAGUGGUUAUGACCUUGCAGUGGUCAAUUCCAAUACGAUAGCUGUAUCAAGUGGUGCAUAUCCCCCACACAAGAUUUACUUAAUUGACAUAAAUAGUGCCGAAACACGUCGUUUGUUUAAUCUGGACGACUACUGUUACGGUUUAAGCUAUCACAACAGAUCGUUUAUGUGUUCUACAGAUGGGAAAGGCAUUAUAGUAUUCGACAUGUCGCAGCAAGAUUUGAAUCACGUACAAACAAAGGUCAAUACACCAAUAAAUGGAAACCAUACUUACGUUGCCUCAAACAAAAAUGGCAUAUUUCAUUCCAACUGUCAUGAUCAUUCUGUCAUUUGUUACGAUUACAGUGGACAGGUAAAGUGGAAAUAUAGCGAUUCGUUGCUCAGAAAACCAUACGGCAUCACGUUAGAUUCUAAUUCGAACAUUUACGUAGCUGGUUCUGAUUCAAACAAUAUAGUUGUGAUAUCUCCCGAUGGAAAACAUGCAAAAGAGCUAGUUGGAGCUAGUGACGGGAUUUUAAAUCCUCGCGCCAUUUUCUUUCAUAAAACAAAACACUUGCUUCUAGUAGCAAACUAUAACCAGGGCGCCUUUGUGUAUGAUGUUAUUUAA